AUGAGCGGUGCAGAAGACAGCGGGAGCAAGGCUUCCUCGGGCCCCAUCUCCAGCUUCACCAUCCAGUCCAUUCUGGGGACGAGCUCGGAUCCUCCCCGCGCACCCUCCAAGGAGCCUCCGCCACACGCAGCAGCGCGCCGCCGCUCUCUGUCCGUGUCCUCAGAGGACUGCAGCGGAGGAGAGGACUCUGCAGACUGCUUUUGCUCCUCCGACACGACCCACAGCGAGCCGUGUGCCCAGACUCACAACUUCUCCUGUUUAGGUCCAACCAAAGGUCUGCUGUCCGCUGAGGGGCGCCGGCCGCUGCUGCAGGACUACAAGGAGGAGCAGGGAGCGUGCCACAUGUCGCCUCUGUGCGAGGAGCGUCAGUCUGACUGCUCGGACAAGCAAGGCGCAAAGAAGAAGACGCGCACCGUGUUCUCGCGCAGUCAGGUGUACCAGCUGGAGUCCACCUUUGACAUGAAGCGGUAUCUCAGCAGCUCGGAGCGGGCCUGCCUCGCGUCCAGCCUGCAGCUCACAGAGACACAAGUCAAGACUUGGUUUCAGAACCGGAGAAACAAAUGGAAGCGGCAGCUGUCCGCGGAACUGGAGGCGGCCAACAUGGCGCACGCCUCGGCGCAGACUCUCGUGGGAAUGCCGUUAGUUUUCAGAGACAACUCGUUACUGCGGGUGCCCGUGCCGCGCUCCAUUGCCUUCCCCACCCCGCUGUAUUAUCCCGGGAGCAGCCUGCCAGGGCUGCCUUUGUACAACUUGUACAACAAGCUCGAGUACUGA